UGAAGCUGCUCAACCAUCACCCACUGCUUGAGGAGUUCCUACAAGAAGGGCUGAAGACAGGAGAGGAGGAGCUGAGGCUGGCACUGCCUUUCCAGCCUGACCCACCUAUGCCAUACACCCCAAGUCCCCUUCCCCGCCUGACCAACCAGGACAGCCGCCCCGUCUUCACUAGCCCCACUCCGGCCAUGGUUGCAGCGCCCACUCAGCCCCAGUCCAGGGAAGGACCCUGGAGCCUGGAAUCAGAGCCCCCUGUGCUUCAUACCACAGCUCCCCUACCUUCAGGGCCCAGCAUGGUAGUACCUACCGCAGGCCCAGGGGAAAGGCCCAGUACUACACCCCCUAGCAGAGCAUGGACUCCAACCCAAGAGGGUCCUGGAGACAUGGGCAGGCCGUGGGCUCCAGAGAUCCUAUCCCGGACCGCAGGGCUUGGGAUCGAGAGAACCACUGCGACCUCCACAGCCUCAGGGGAUGAUGAGGAGACCACCACCACCAUCAUCACCACCGCUAUCACCACAAUCCAGCCACCAGGCCCUUGUAGCUGGAAUUUCUCAGGCCCAGAGGGCGUUCUGGACUCCCCCACAGCCCCCAGCUCACCCUCUGAUGUUGGUCUGGACUGUUUCUACUACAUCUCUGUCUAUCCUGGCUACGGUGUGGAAAUCAAGAGAACUGGUCUUGAAGGAGGACUGAUACAGGAUCAAGUAGCCCCCAGCCCCGCCCCCCCUCCCCCCCCCACACACAAUGUUACCCAUUCUCUCUCUGCAGCCUAUCUCCUGAGCUGCCACUUUCCCCGACAUCCAGCUUAUGGAGCUGUGACUGUCACUAGCCUCCACCCAGGAGGCAGCGCCCGCUUCCACUGUGUCACUGGCUACCAGCUGAAGGGUGCCAGGCUCCUCACCUGUCUCAACGCCACCCAGCCCUUCUGGGAUUCCCAGGAACCUGUCUGCAUCGCUGCCUGCGGUGGAGUGAUCCGCAAUGCCACCACUGGCCGCAUAGUCUCUCCAGGCUUCCCGGGCAACUACAGCAACAACCUCACCUGCCACUGGCUGCUUGAGGCUCCUGAGGGCCAGCGGCUGCACUUGCACUUUGAGAAGGUUUCCCUGGCAGAGGAUGACGACAGGCUCAUCAUCCGCAACGGGAACAACGUGGAAGCCCCGCCUGUGUAUGAUUCCUAUGAGGUGGAGUACCUGCCUAUUGAGGGCCUGCUCAGCUCUAGUCGACACUUCUUUGUGGAGCUCAGUACUGACAGCAGUGGGGCAGCUGCAGGCAUGGCCCUGCGCUAUGAGGCCUUCCAGCAGGGCCAUUGCUAUGAGCCCUUUGUCAAAUAUGGCAACUUCAGCAGCAGCGCACCCUCCUACCCUGUGGGUACCACCGUGGAGUUCAGCUGUGACCCUGGCUACACCCUGGAGCAGGGCUCCAUCAUCAUUGAGUGUGUUGACCCCCAUGACCCCCAGUGGAAUGAGACAGAACCAGCCUGCCGAGCUGUGUGCAGUGGGGAGAUCACAGACUCAGCCGGCGUGGUGCUCUCCCCCAACUGGCCAGAGCCCUACGGCCGUGGGCAGGACUGCAUCUGGGGCGUGCAUGUAGAGGAGGACAAGCGCAUCAUGUUGGAUGUCCGAGUGCUGCGCAUAGGCCCUGGUGAUGUACUUACCUUCUAUGAUGGGGAUGACCUGACAGCCCGGGUCCUGGGCCAGUACUCAGGGCCCCGUGGCCACUUCAAGCUCUUUACCUCCAUGGCCGAUGUCACCAUCCAGUUCCAGUCGGACCCUGGGACCUCGGUGCUAGGGUACCAGCAGGGCUUCGUUAUCCACUUCUUUGAGGUGCCCCGCAAUGACACGUGUCCGGAGCUGCCUGAGAUCCCCAAUGGCUGGAAGAGCCCAUCACAGCCUGAGCUGGUACAUGGCACUGUUGUCACUUACCAGUGCUACCCUGGCUACCAGGUGGUGGGAUCCAGUGUUCUCAUGUGCCAGUGGGACCUAACCUGGAGUGAGGACCUGCCCUCCUGCCAGAGGGUGACUUCCUGCCAUGACCCUGGGGAUGUGGAGCACAGCCGACGCCUCAUAUCUAGCCCCAAGUUUCCCGUGGGGGCCACCGUGCAGUAUAUCUGUGACCAGGGUUUUGUGCUAACGGGUAGUGCCAUCCUUACCUGCCAUGACCGCCAAGCCAGCAGCCCCAAGUGGAGCGACCGGGCCCCCAAAUGUCUCUUGGAACAGUUCAAGCCAUGCCAUGGCCUCGGCGCCCCCGAGAAUGGUGCCUGCAGUCCUGAGAAGCGGCUACACCCAGCAGGGGCUACUGUCCACUUCUCAUGUGCCCCUGGCUAUGUGCUGAAGGGCCAAGCCAGCAUCAAGUGUGUGCCCGGACACCCUUCACAUUGGAGUGACCCUCCACCCAUCUGUAGGGCUGCCUCUCUGGAUGGGUUCUACAGCAGCCGCAGCCUGGAUGUUGCCAAGGCGCCUGCUGUGUCCAGCGCCCUGGAUGCUGCCCACAUAGCAGCUGCCAUCUUUCUGCCACUGGUGGCGAUGGCACUCUUGGUGGGAGGUGUGUACCUCUACUUCUCCAGGUUCCAGGGGAAAAGCACCCUGCAGCUUCCCCGAACGCGACCCCGCCCCUACGACCGAAUUACCGUGGAGUCGGCAUUUGACAAUCCAACUUAUGAGACUGGAGUAAGUACCUUUGCCAGUCUUGACACCCUAUCCAGCAUCCAGUUCUAUGCUCCCUUGGGCAGGUACCCUGAGGGUCCUGCCAAGCCCUCUCAUUCUUUCUCUUUUCCUUAGGAAGGUGGAUUAUGGGCUGGCAAACAUUAUACAAGUUUCCAACUCCCAGCAGUCUCUUUCCUUUGCAGGAGAUGAGAGAAUAUGAAGUAUCCAUCUAGGUGGGGGCAGACUGGAGAAGCCAGCUCAGCCCUGCAUCACAGCCCAGCAGCAGAGUUCCCAGCUUCCUGCUGUCCCUCCACCUCCUGUACAUACCACCUGGGAAGAGAUGCCACCAAUCCCUCAAGAAGUUGUGCCCUUCCCCACUUGCAAUCCCCACCAGGGCCUAUGUUCUUGGUAUCACUGCUCACUUAGGGUCCUUCCUUGGGUCCAGGUCAGGGGGCAUCUGCCUCUCAGCAGAACACAGCUGGAGCAUAUGUAUCAAGAACCAGCAUUCUCCUGACCUUCCUUCAUGCCCUGCACCUCCAGCCUGGAAUUCACAGGCAGAGCAGGAGCACCUGCUUCCACUUGACCAACACCCAGCCCUGGCAUGUAGCACCCUGCAGCAGGGUGCUCCUCACAAGGCCAUCACCAGUGGCCAAAACUGCUCUCAACAGUGACCUCUGGGUAGUACUGGCAUGCCAACGUCAGCCCCUAGAGGAGGUCUCUAGUCCUUCUCUAAGGCCCCAGGAAUGGACAGUUCUGCCUCCUGUCCCUUCCUAGUGGAGGCAAUAAUUCUAAGGGAUCCUAAGGGGUUUAGGGACCCUACCCAAGCUCAGGUUGGGCUGCCCUAGGCACUCAUGCUCCACACCAAAGCAGGAAACCCCACUGCUCCCCUGGCAGCCCUAUACCCUGAAGAGAGUGAGACCUUCCUCUGAUGCCAGUCUGGCUGUUACAAACAUCCUUUUUCCCACUAGUCCCUCCUCUAACCCCAAACACUUGCCAGACUUUCCUCCUGGCCACUGUGUUUUGAGAUAAGAGGAGUGGACAGGCAUAUUCUGGAGAGAAGCAGAGGUCCAAGGGUCCAGGAAUUUGGCAUGGAACAGGGGGCCAGAGAGCCCCAGGGAGAGGCCCAGGAGCUGGCUGCAGGCCACUCUGUACAUGUAAUGUAUUAUAUGGAGUCUGGUUUCCAGCCAGAGAAGAAUCUUCUAUUUCGGUUGUUUCCUUAUUAAAAUGGUGUUUUUGAAAAAACCAAGCAAUGGCCAGGUGGAUGCUGCUUUCUUGGAGGGAAGGGAAGUGGGAGAUAAAUGGGAUGCGGACUUCAGGACUUGAAGGCAUGCUUGACCCACAAACUAAUACUCCCCAUAUUUUAUCAAAAACCAGGUAUGUGCAGGUGCUACAGGGAUCACUGUUCCAACAAGGUCAGUGCAACAGAUGGCAGUGAAAUGAGAGGUCCCAAUGGCUGGUGUCACAGGGGUGUAGAAGCCCAGGAACCCAACUGAUCAACCACCCCAAUGCCUCAUUUCCUCCUCUUUGCUAGGUCCAGAACCACAAGCUGACAAACUCCCAAACCCCUUCUCGAUGUAUUGCUGACAAGUCCCAGGAAACCUGACGCACCUCUCCUUCUUUCCCAGCUAGCUCAGAAAAUUGGAAUAGGAAUCUAAGACAACUCCUAAACAUGAGACUCUAGUCUAUCUUGGCCUCAGAGAACAUACAGACUUAGUGUCAGGGACAAUGCAGCAUAGAGGCUUGGCUCCUAUUUUAGCAAAAGCCCUAUUCAUGGACUCUAGAAAGAGGUGGCUGGACAGAAUAUGCGUAAGUUUGCCAAGUGUGGUCCCUCCCAGACCCUUUGCCCCUUCUCGAUGGCCCCCAGUACCUCCUAAGAUGAAACUGCUUGCCCUUGGUCCCCAGCAUGCACAUCCAUGCUCAGCGGUGCAUUCUGCAUGGCUGCUCUCCAGAAUAAGAGCAAGAGGCAGGAAACGGAGUUAUAGGAACUUAGAAGCUAAAAGACAAAAUCCCUGAAGGAAAUAAUAGCAACCAGCAGCUUCUGCUUUUACAGUCUUCCAAUAGGGAGGUCUUAACCACUUAUGGCUGUCCACCUCCUGGAUCUAACACAAGCCACCUUGAGGGGUGGAGAGGCUCCAGUCCAUACAGAGUGCAAUGCCUAGAUUAGCCACAAGAGGUCACUUGUAAAGGCAUCUGUAUCCCACCUGCUCUCUCCCCUCAAUCCCUGAAUAGCUAGGCUGGAGCUCUCCAAGGUGGCACCAACUCCUGGCGCCGCGGGGCUGACCUCACUCUCCAAGUUCAAAGAAGAAGGUGUGUAGAGUGAUUAGUUCCCCUGGCACUUGUCAACAGAGCCAAGUAUUAUUCUCUUCAUUAGCCCAUAGCCUAUUCCUAUUCUCAACUGCAAUUGAUGGUGUUGAUUAAAGUAAAGCCUUGCUCACUAGGCUUGUACCAAUGUCUUACUAUCUGCCCCAUAAUGCCUUUGGGGCAGUAAAAAGGAGGCCAGAAAAAGAGGGCUCAUGAGGUUCCAACUUCUGAGGGCGUGUGGCAUGAAACACAGGAAAGAUGAGGUCUGGCCACUUCCAUAUAUCUAGCUCAGCCCUCCACAUCUCUGGCCCAUAGCCAUUAAGAUUUCUUGUUUCCUGAAGCUGGUAGAGAGCAGACAGCGGCCAGUUAACAUGACAUUUCCCCCACUCCAACCAAACCAAUAAGGCCCACCACCUUAUCAUUCUUCCCAGGCACCAAUGAGAUCAUCAGAAACCUAAGGCCACACACUGACAUCCUUCAUACUAUCCCAAAAGAAGGAGUAGCAGCAGCAACUCCUCACAGGCAGCUUAGACAGUGUUCUGGCCUGGGAAUCAAGAAAUCUGUUUCAUUCCUAGGUCUGCCAUAAAUUGAACUAAGCAAAUCACUGCUCUUCUCUGUGAAUCUGGAAAUGAGAGGAUUAAUACAGGUGGUCUUUGAGCCCUUUUCAGUUUUACACUUCUGAGAAUACUAAGUAUACCUUAACAUCCAAAGUGAGCAAGAAAGAGCUACUCGGUAACAACGCCAACUAAAUGCCUAGUGUCAGGAACAGAGAUGUCAUUUCCUUCUCCACUGCUUCAUCUACAGUCUGGCAGAGAUAACUGGCCAUCUCUAAUGGCGAUAACAAGGGGAGGGGCGAGCGCCGCGGAGGUAGUAAAGCCUCGCCCAGAAUUCAAGAUGAGGCUUUCAGACUACAAGUCCCAGCAUACAGUACUGCAGCUCUCAAAAAUAUCCUAGGCAGGCAAGUCACUCUUCCCCUAGUCCAUCCUACCGUACAGUGCAUCGCACGCAUACGAAACUACGACUCCCCAAAUCCACCAGAUCAUCGCGAUUCUUGCUCCCAGGGUGCAAUGCGCUCCAGGUCGCCCUUUACCCCCGCCCCCUUGAGCGUUGCAAACUGGGAAUUGAAGUCCACUGUAGGCAGGUAACUGGGCGUUGUCAACAUCACAAACUCUUCGCUUUCGGCUUCCUCUUGAAGAACAGUUCUCAGGGACAGAGAUCAAGAGGGUAAUAACAGGCUGGCGAAACUCUGCAGGGUGUCAUCACUACGCAAGGCAGAGAUGUUGAAGCUAAAAUUAACUGUUGGGAACGGGAGGGAAGUGGGAACAGCACCCAUCCAACCCAACAUCAAAAGCACCGUUUUCCGUCGCAAUGGCUUUUCUUUUCUCUUUACCAAUAUGGCGCCUGGUCCAGCCACACCUGACGCUGGAACCAAACAGUCCAUCCAGUACAACACCCCUAAGAGUACUGCUGUCAACGACAGCCUACCAGCUGCAGCCAACACCACACCUUGCUCCUUCCUGUUCUUGCCUGAGGACUCCAAGGACAUGGUAGCCUAUAUCCCAUUACUAAAAUGGCGAAAGAAGAAGCAUUCUUGUUAGGGCCUGCCAAGUGACAAUACGCCUGCGCGAGAGCCGGCUGUGUUGUGGGGCGAGGGAGGAACAUCCUCAACACGCCUGCGCGGGAACAGAGUACUCUCGGUCUAUACACAAACACCAAUGGAUGAAGCGUCCCUAUGUUCCUGCGGCUGCGCUGUGACCUUUAGUAGCUCUCCCAGGCGGCUGCGCGAAGCCUCAGGUCCCGCCCUUUUACCUCAGUACGCUGGCGCAGGGCAGAAAGGCGGGGGCUUCGGUUCUUCAGACGAAUGCCAGCGCGGCUGCGCGCUGGGGGGUACCCCCUCACUGCGGCUGCGCGGGAGCCCGGCCGCCGGCUGUCACUGCGGUUGCGCGCGGCGAGCGGCGAUCCCCGGGCGCCUGCGCGGGUGGCUUUGCGGGCGCUCGCGGUAAGUUUGCGCCAAGUGCGCGGCAGCCGGGACGCAGACGGCGGCGGCGGCGAGAGGCGGAGCCUGGGGACCACCCCCCAUCACCCUCCCCGCAGUCACCUCACGUACCACAACCUCACCUAACCUCUCACCCCCCCUCCGAUCCCCCCAACCCCGGGAUGGCAGCGCCCGCCAGCCUUCCCAGCCGGACCAGCAGUCGCCAGCGCCGGCUUUAGCUUGUGGGACUAGGCCCCGCCGAGGCCUGACCCCCGGAGCCAGGACCCA